AUGGAGGUGCCGUGGAGGACACACGAUUGGCUUUCGAGUCACGCUCGGGCAGGGUGCAUCUCUUUAAAUGUGGAAAAUGCAGAAGUACUUGACGGGUCGCACAUAGUGGGGGAGAACAUAGAGGUGCCUCGGAGCGAAGAGAAGAGUUUAUUCUUAUAUGGUGUUGUUAUGCAACAGUGCAGUGGGCAUGUCGAUGAGGACGUCGACACUAUCAGUGGGGGAGAAUGUCACGGGUCGCACAUAGACAAGUGCUACCGUGACUUCGUUGGGACAUCUAUGUGCUUAUGA